GGAAGUGAGAGCACGCGCACGCCGCCGCGCGCAGGAAGUACUUAAACAUGGCGUUCAACUUUGGCGGCAGCACCACUAAUCCUGGGGGCUCUUCUGGAUUUUCAUUUGGUUCAUUUACCGCCAAAACAACAGCCUCUACCGGUUUUGUUUUUGGCGGCGGCACCACCACCACUGCCGCCUCAUCUGGAUUUGGUAGUCUCGCCACAGGGUUUGGAACCACCACUACAUCAGCACCCUCCACUGGCUUUGGCUUUGGUUCUACAGCUACAGGAUUUGGGGGGCUGGGAGCUGCCAGCACCACCACCGGUGCCUUUGGCGGAUUUGGAGCAGCUACCACAUCAGCAGCACCUGGAUCAACUUUCAGCUUUGCUGCUCCUUCAAACACAGGGGGUCUCUUUAGCAGCAACCAGAAUAAAGGUUUUGGCUUUUCUUCGGGCUUGGGAACUGGGACGACUACGGGAACUGGCUUUGGCACUGGCUUUGGAACUGGUCUCGGCACAGGUCUUGGUACUGGACUUGGCACUGGCCUUGGAACUGGCCUCGGCACAGGUCUUGGCACUGGGCUUGGUACUGGCCUUGGUUUUGGGGGCUUCAACGUUCAGCCCCAGCAACAACAGGGAGGCUUGUUUGGUCCACAGGCUCAGGCUCCUUCGCAGUCUAAUCAGCUGAUCCACACAGCCAGUGCCCUCUCUGCACCCACGCUCCUUGGCGAUGAGCGUGAUGCUAUCUUGGCCAAGUGGAACCAGCUCCAGGCCUUCUGGGGCACUGGCAAGGGCUACUUCAACAACAACAUUGCCCCUGUUGAUUUUACCCAAGAAAACCCCUUCUGCAGGUUCAAGGCUGUAGGUUAUAGCUGCAUCCCAGGCAGUAAAGAUGAGGACGGCCUGGUAGUCCUUGCCCUGAACAAGAAGGAGGCCGAUGUCCGCAGUCAGCAGCAGCAGCUGGUUGAAUCUCUCCACAAAGUGCUGGGUGGACAGCAAACUCUCACAGUGAAUGUUGAGGGAGUAAAAGCACUCCCAGAUGACCAAACAGAAGUGAUAAUAUAUGUAGUGGAACGGUCCCCAAACGGCAUGUCCAAGAGGAUUCCGGCUACUACGCUCUUCGCUUACAUGGAACAGGUUAACAUCAAGAGCCAGUUACAGCAGCUGGGUGUGAUCAUGACAGUCACCCGCACAGAGCUGUCACCUGCUCAGCUGAAACAGCUUCUGCAAAAUCCACCUGCUGGUGUGGACCCAAUCAUUUGGGAGCAGGCUAAAGUUGACAACCCAGAUCCAGAGAAGUUGAUUCCAGUACCAAUGGUUGGUUUCAAGGAGCUUCUACGCAGAUUGAAGAUUCAGGAACAGAUGACCAAACAACACCAGACUAGGCUUGAUAUAAUCUCCAAUGACAUAAGUGAGUUACAGAAGAACCAAGCAACAACAGUGGCCAAGAUUGCCCAGUACAAGAGGAAGCUGAUGGAUUUGUCUCACAGAGUGCUUCAAGUGUUGAUCAAGCAGGAGAUUCAGAGGAAGAGUGGCUAUGCCAUCCAAGUGGAUGAGGAACACCUGCGGGUGCAGUUGGACACCAUACAGUCUGAACUUAACGCCCCCACUCAAUUCAAGGGGCGACUGAAUGAGCUCAUGUCUCAGAUACGUAUGCAGAAUCAUUUUGGGGCAGUCCGCUCCGAGGAGCGCUACAGCAUUGAUGCAGACCUAUUGCGGGAGAUCAAACAACAUCUGAAACAGCAGCAGGAGGGCCUGAGCCAUCUGAUCAGCGUGAUCAAGGAGGACAUGGAAGAUAUUAAGCUGGUCGAGCAUGGCCUCCAGGAUGGCUUGCACAUGAGGGGUGGCAUGCUCAGCUGACUGGGACCUGACCACUUCACUGAUACCUCCCGUCCUUCCUGAACAGACCUCAUAAGGCUAAGACUUUUUGCUUCCUUGCAGCUGCACACCUUGAGCUCGUAGUCCUAGGAAAUUGUGUAUCUGAACAAUGACACUAUGGAUUUGCAGAUGUUCCUGGCUGUUACUGCUGUGUGAGGGCGCUUCUUAAUUGCAGGCACUCGGGAGUGGAAGUGUGGGCAUAAAUGUCUUUAAAUGUACUUUUUUUUUUUUUUUUUUUUUCCUUUUUAUUGUUGUGGUAGUUUUUGUAUUAAGGAUAUCAUGAAGAAACUGCCAAAUCUGGAAUUAGUGUUUCCAAUUCUCCUGAUGUUUACAGUGUAAAACAAUUUGUUGAGCCACAUUAAUUUUAUUAACAUUCAGUUUGGAAUUUGGUUGAAACAAAGACCAGAAGCACUCAAAGCCCACAGUUGCAGAAUGUAAUUACAAUGUAAACAAACCCCACGUUGUUUAAUAAAGUAAUUUUUGAGCCACUUCAUGCAUCUGCUAGUAUACAUUAAAACCCUGCUUGGUGUAAAAAGGCAGACCAACUUAUAAACAUUACUUUUUAAAUGUUGCUUUUUUUCCCCCCUUCAUAUAUACAUCAAUAUUGCAUAGUGCAGCCUGAUUGUUACUUAAUCUAAUUGACAUAGCUUGUGCAAAUUGGUUCCAACUUAUGUAUGUCGAAAAGACAAUGUUACAGCUCAGUCAUUUCUGAAGCAGUGCCUCAUGAGAUUGGUAUUUAGCAUCCUUGUAACAAUUAUAGGAGAAAACAUCUCUGUAAUACACUCUUGUAGAUCAUCUUAGAAAGACACACACACACAC